AUGAAACCCCUGUGCGUGAGAGACGUCAAACCGGUCAGCCAGGAGGACCUCGACCGGGUAUGCUUCUCGGUGGCCAACGUGAAAGCGGCAGCGAGGAGACUACCGAACGGCAAGGCGCCAGGGCCUGACGGAAUCCCGAAUGAAGUGCUGAAGGUCACGGUUGGUCUUUUUCCUCAGUUCUUUACAGCGCUGUUCAACAGCUGCAAGAGGAAUGCGUACUAUCCGCCGGAAUGGAAGACCGCUAACCUCGUGCUCCUGCGCAAGCAGGGCAAGGCGUUGGACAACCCUUCUGCGUACCACCCCCUGUGCAUGCUCGACUCUGUGGGCAAGUUGUUUGAGAAACUGUUGACGGGGAGGCUGCGCAAGCACCUAACGGAGACUGGUCAGGCGGUCAACAGCAUCAUGCUGAGGUCCAACUCGGACUGGCAGAUAGAUAAAAUCUUAAUUUUUUUCUGA